AUGGUAUGUACAAUAUCUGCGAUUUUAUCGACUUCACAUCCACUGUGUAAUAUCGCACUUACCAUUGAUGAGGUGCACAGUAUGAAGAAUGCCGUGAAACCGGAAGAAUCCUUUUUGAAUAAACUUCAACAAAAAACGGAGAAGUCCACAGAUCUGUUGAAAAGUUUAGUAAGAGAUAUUAGGUUUUUAUCACUGAAACCAAACUUAAACCAAGAUCCAAAAGUUGAAACAAAACUUAAAGAUUGGACACCGGAGCUGAAGGAAGAGAUGGCGAGAUCUGAAACCCAAGAUGGAUGCCAGGUUGUGAUUCAGAAGGAAUUGGUCGAUGACGUACGAACUAGAGUCUGUAAAAUGUUGACUCGAGCUGGAAUCGAUGUCUCCACCAUUGAUGAUCAGCAAUUACAAGAUUUUGUUGAUCAUCUGCAAAAUGAAAUGGGCGGUAAAAAAGCUUCUGAUGUAUUCGGAAGUGACGUCAACCAUUACCAAUUCUUGGAGACAUCAAAGAUGAUGCCGCGCAAUGAAGAAGAGAUGGCGAAGAUCAGGAAAUAUUUAGAUGAAGGUUGUGGUGAUAGUAUUGUUAUUUCUCAUCAAAUUCAUCGUCAAACCAUGACUGUUCCUGAAUCUCGACUGUCACCAAUGCUGUUGGAAUUAGUUCCUCCGUCAAUCAGACGCACUGAUGAUGUGGGUUCUAUUUACAAAGCUGUCAUAGAUAAUCCUAAAACCUGGCUUUCUCUCCAACAACACUAG